AGUGCAAUAUCCGAGUACUGCAUUGUGGGAUAGUGUAGGUUUGCACGACGUUUUUGCAGAGUUGCGGGAAAAUUUGUCCACGUCUUUGCGUGUCGUCUCGACUAAAGCAUCGGAUUCGUGCGUCUGUGAGCAGAUCAGACUAGAGACGGGAUGGCCAAGCAUCAUCCUGAUUUGAUUUUUUGCCGGAAACAGCCAGGAGUAGCUAUUGGCCGUCUGUGUGAGAAGUGUGAUGGGAAGUGUGUGAUCUGUGACUCGUAUGUCCGACCCUGCACACUGGUGAGGAUCUGUGAUGAGUGUAACUACGGCUCGUACCAGGGCCGCUGUGUCAUCUGUGGAGGACCGGGGGUGUCAGACGCCUACUAUUGUAAGGAGUGCACAAUACAGGAGAAGGAUAGAGAUGGCUGUCCAAAGAUUGUGAAUCUGGGAAGUGCCAAGACAGAUUUGUUCUAUGAGCGCAAGAAGUACGGCUUUAAGAAGAGAUAAUGGACAGCAUUGGAUUUUUUUUACUUAGUUUAGAUGAUGUUAGAUCUGUACUCCACAAACUCAAUACUUUUUGUCAUGACCUGCCAAGGAUCAUAGUCUACUGGAAGUAAAAUAAAGGAACUGUCUAUAAUGUAUUUCAUGAAAUAAUGUGUAAACAAGCUGUACACAUGUAGAUUAUCAACUUAGCACAGAAAUAAGCUUGGUCCCUUUGGACAAUGCUGUGAAUGCUCUUUUUUUCACAUUCCAUUGUUGUACCUGUAGGCUAGCUGUCAUCAGCAUUAAACUUUUUUGGGAAUGUAGUAAGAUUUAUUUCCAUUGAUGUUUAUAUUUAAACCACAGAAUACUUUAAGGUGCUAGCUGGUCAUUAGAACAGUAUGUCUGUUUAGGGCUGUUUUCAAUAUGUGUGAAUAGUUUCCUCACUCAGCCUUUCUGUGUAAGUUACUGUAAGGGUGUGGUAGAGGGUAUGGCGUAUUAGAUUUAGCACUAGUUUUGUGUACUCAGCAUUCUGUGAUCUCUA